CUACCAGCCAUAGUUUGGUACAGAAGCAAAAGUCAACUAUCACAGCCACUUUGUUAUAGACAACUUGACGGUUAAUUAGAUAGUUUUUACAAGAAUCGGCGCUGCAAAUAUACAGAUUGAGACAUCGCAUAUAUACUCCCACGCCCAGUCAUCGUGCAACUUACUAUGCAUUCGCUUUAUCUACUCUAAACAAUUGAAUUGCAGUAUUUCCUAUUGUUCAAUCAAUUAAUAAUAAAACAAAUAACGCACUGAAAUCCAAAAAACCGAUUACGUGAAUCACAUCCUAGCCGGAUCAUCUUUUACCGAGAGAUAACCCGAGAUAUUUUGAUUUUAUCACUAUAAUUAAGUGGGUGGUUAUAAAGAUAAAGUGCCAAGAUGUUUGCGAUAAUGCAGAUUGACAACGACGUGAGCGGUGGCCAGUUCAGAAGGAAGAUGAGGUCUAAAUGCGAGUUCGUGUGCAAGUACUGCCAGAGGAGGUUCACCAAGCCAUAUAACCUCAUGAUCCACGAGAGGACGCACAAGAGUCCAGAGGUCACUUUUAGUUGCGAGAUUUGCGGGAAAAGCUUCAAGAGGCAAGAUAAUCUCAAACAGCACCGAUGUAAUCAGUGCUAUUGGAGGUAAAGGGGUCCUCUGGUGAAAAAGGGCUAACCCGGUCCUGUCUUAAUUUUAAAAAUGAGCAUACACUACCCAGCCAACACAGCAUACAGUUGUUUCAAUAGCAGAUACUAGUACUUCAUAGUUAUUUUUCAAAAUUUCAGUAUUUAUUACCCUUUAUAAAUGUUUUUUUGUAAAUAUAUCUUUAGGAUUAAUAAUAUUUAUUAAUAAAUAUAUUAUUACAAGUUAGCGUAUAAGCAAAGACUACCAUUGUCUAGUCUGAAAAUUGUAUUCUUUUUUUAUUUUAUAUAGAAAUGUAAAACUAUUAAUAAUAAUUGUAUUGAAUACAAUUUGUGAUCCCUUAAAGAGUGAGACUUUCAUUACAAGAACUUGUAGUAAGGAUAAAUGGAGAGAAAUAAUGUGCUUCAGGCGAUUUUGUAACGUUUUGAAAACUACAAAAUUUAAAAACUGCAAUUGUAUUAGUUCAUAUGUGACAUAUAUUUUUUUUGUGAAUAUUUAACUAAACUUUGUAGUCAUUAAUUCAAAAAAUAAUUAAUCGAAAUUAAAAACUAUAUUUUGAAGUUAAAUUAAAAAUUCAUAUUUUUGGUAGUAUUUUGAAUUUUCCAGUCAAAUUUAUGUAAAUAUUUUCAAAAUAAAUUUAUUCUGUAGACUUAUACAUAACUUUUAAUGAUAGUUUUUAGUGCAAUGAAUUAUUAUUUUAAGGUUUAAAAUAUAUCUGUACAGUUAAAAUUAAUAUAUAAAUUUUGUAUUGCUUUCGUCGAUAGACAGAAGUUAAUAAAUUCAAAUAUUCGAAGAAUUGUUUUUUAAAACGAAAAACUGUGUUCUUUUCGUAGACUAGCAAAAAGUUUAACAGUUUUCACCAGACGA